GCUUGACGUCAUCGAGGAGCGGCAGGAGCCAUAGUUUGCUAACUGAGCACAAUUUUCAAAUUUACUACCGUCUUUGUUUAUUCUCCGAGCGUCUCGUUCUGAUUUUUAGAUUGUAGCAGAAGAAGGGCAAAGAGCGAUCGAUCGUUUAGCCGCCUCCUUAGCCGCGUAUUAUUUCCUCAGGAGUUGUCUCGUGCUAAAUUAGCCAGAUUUGUGUCACGAAGUGGGUCACCGCUUCUUGUUUACGUCGUGUUUUCUGUUUGUUCCCGUCGGGCCCGCAGUUCGUUUCGCUGCAGACGCGGACGAUGGUUCUGUUGAAAAACCUCCAUCCUCCCACCGAGGGCGUUCGACACGAGCAGUCCGACACCACGGCCGUGCUGGACGGACAGAAGUUGGGCUGCGGCACGCUCUACGUUGCCGAAACGCGCCUGUCCUGGUUCGAUGGAUCAGGGAUGGGUUUCUCGCUCGAGUAUCCCUCCAUCGGUCUGCACGCCAUCUCCAGAGACGUCAGCGCCUACCCCCAGGAGCACCUGUACGUCAUGGUGAACGGCAAACUCAGCGAUGAAAACGAGGCCGAAAUGGCUGAGAAAGCAGCUGACGACGAUGAUGAUGGCAGCAGCAGUGAAGGGGACGGUGACGAUGGCGAGGGCCCGAUUACAGAGAUUCGGUUUGUGCCCGGCGACAAAAUGGCACUGGAAUCCAUGUUCUCAGCGAUGUGCGAGUGCCAGGCCCUGCACCCUGACCCUGAAGACGAAGACUCUGAUAACGACUUCGAAGGAGAGGAGUAUGACGUGGAGGAGGCUGAAGCCGAGCACGGUCACGCUGACAUCCCGACCUUCUACACGUGUGACGAGGGCCUGUCGGCGCUCACGCAGGAGGGCCAGGCCACGCUGGAGAGGCUGGAGGGGAUGCUGGCCCAGUCUGUCAGCCAGCAGUACCACAUGGCUGGAGUGAGGACCGAAGAAACCAAGGCUGAGUUUGAAGACGGGAUGGAAGUGGACGCUGCAGCGAUGGAGGCCGGACAGUUUGAGGAUGCUGACGUCGAGCACUAGAGGACGUCAUCUCUGUGGCUGACCAAAGCGCCGAAGGAUCAGCGAGGAUGCCAUUUAUUUAAGCUCUUAUCCUUCGUCAGGACGUUUGUGUUCCUUGUCCACAUGCUGAGUCAUCCUCCUGAAGCUGGUCCGUGUGUGUCGUGUUAAAGCUCACUGAUCGCAGCUUCUCUUCGGCACAUUUAUCAAGUCAGAUAACAAACGGAGCUGCUGUCGACUGUAAUAACAAAACAUUUAGUUAUUUUUACCUAAAGACCAAUUUUUCUAUUUG